CAUGUUGCUGAGGGGCAGCCCCCGGCGGUUUCUGGAGCACCAUCUUCUCUUCGUGGAGAACGCAGAGCAGCAGUACCCGGCUCGGGAGUCACUCCCGAAUCCAUUCAUGACUGAGGAACCCUCCGUCCCUGCCGAGCCAGACCUGCCUUCCUCCAACCUCACCAACGCGACGGACUGCGGCGAGGAGAUCCUGCUCUAUGGGGACACCGAGAAGAUCGUCAUCGGAGCGGUGCUCUCCAUCAUCAUCCUCAUGACCAUCGCAGGCAACGGUCUGGUCAUCAUCUCUGUCUGCAUCGUCAAGAAGCUCCGGCAGCCGUCCAACUACCUGGUGGUGUCCCUCGCUGCCGCUGACCUUUCAGUGGCCUUCGCUGUCAUGCCCUUCGUGACCAUCACGGACCUGGUGGGGGGAGAGUGGCUCUUUGGGAAGGUGUUUUGCAAUGUGUUCAUUGCCAUGGAUGUCAUGUGCUGCACCGCCUCCAUCAUGACACUGUGCAUCAUCAGCGUGGACAGGUAUCUGGGGAUCACUCGGCCGCUGACGUAUCCCGUGAGACAAAACGGGAAGCUGAUGGCCAAGAUGGUCUUCAUCGUUUGGCUCCUGUCUGCCUCCAUCACGCUUCCUCCUCUUUUUGGCUGGGCUAAGAACGUCACCGUGGAAAGAGUCUGUCUGAUCAGCCAGGACUUCGGGUACACGGUCUAUUCCACGGGGGUCGCCUUCUACAUCCCCAUGGCGGUCAUGCUCGUCAUGUACAGCCGGAUCUACAAAGCUGCCAAGGUGAGCGCUGAGAAGCACCGCUUCAUGAACUUCUCCAAGCACUACGAAGAGGAGGGUGUCUACUGCCUGGAGGCCUCCAGCCGUGGCCAUCCCAGCUCCAAGCGCACCAAGGCGGUGGAGGAAUGUGCCACGCUCUCCAAACUGCUCCGGCAAGACCGGAAGAAUAUUUCCAUCUUCAAACGGGAACAAAAAGCAGCCAGGACCCUCGGUAUAAUCGUGGGGGCUUUUACAUUUUGUUGGUUUCCGUUCUUCCUUAUGUCAACGGCCAGGCCUUUUAUCUGUGGUAUACACUGCAGCUGCCUGCCCCUGAGGCUGGAGAGGACUCUGCUCUGGUUGGGAUACACCAACUCCCUCAUCAACCCCUUAAUUUAUGCUUUCUUUAACCGAGACUUGAGGACUACUUUCUGGAACCUCCUGAGGUGCAGGUACAGGAAUAUCAACAGGAGACUCUCUGCCGCCAGCAUGCAUGAGGCCCUGAAAGCCACAGAGAGACACGAAUGCAUCCUGUAGAGCUGUGUCCUCCAACUCAGUGCCUGA